AUGGAACAAGAUCAAGCACAGAAGCACGUUUGCAGGUUGUGCAAGAGAAGUUUCUCAAGUGGAAUGGUAUUGGGGGGUCACAUGAAGAGUCAUGCGGCUCUGAAUCCUGUCAAAGAAGAGGUGAAACUGAAUAAUUGCAAAAUGGGCUUUGAGGUCAAUGAGAAUUCUGAUCAUGGCUUGAGAGCUAACCCAACAAAAUUUUCGAAAUUCAAAAGCUUGAACAGCACUGCACCGUCAGUUCAAGAAAGGGUUUGCGGAAUGUGUGGCAGAGAGUUUAAAUCACAGAGGGCUUUGUUCGGUCAUUUGAGGCAUUGCAACCAAAAGAAAAAGAUUCACUGCGAAGAUUGUGGCAAAGGGUUUCUGUCAUCAAGAGCUCUCACUGGCCACAUGAGGAUGCACAAGGAGAAUCUUACAGUCUCCAAAGAGACAGGAACCAGUUCAAGAUGCAAUCUUCUUGUGGAGAGCUUAUCGGAGACUGAGACUCUGAAUCUGGUGAGAAGAAGAAUGAGAUCAAGUAAAGUGCGAUCCAAGAUCAGCUUGAAUUCGUCCUUAUCUAGCUUGAAUGGAUCAUCUUCUAUUACUGAAACUGUGGACGAUGUGGAAGACGCGGCUAAGUGUUUGAUGUUGAUGUCCAUGGGUUUACACGAUUGGGAUGAAUCCAAUUCGGCUUCAUCCUAA